AUGAACUCAAACGAUUCCGAACCAGUCAUGAAACAAAUCUGGCAUAACGUAGUUGAUACUCUACGACUUUUACCUUCUGUACCACCUCCAACACCACCAUCAGGAGAAGAACAAGCAACACUUUCAUCAGCUCUUGAUAAACUUUCAGUCUUGAUUUCCAUGCGUAAAGAAGUUUCAUCAACUGUUGGUUCAACAACGAACACAGUGGGAAUAGGAUCAGGAAAUUCAAAUUUAAAACGUAAAAGAAGAUUAUCAACUCAUUCUCCUAUACCACCCAUUUCAACAGAAUCCGCUUUAACUUCUUUAGCUUCACCUAACGUAAGAGGUAAUACACCUCUUUCAAGAGAAGCUACUGGAAAACAAAGAAAAGAAAUGUACGCUGAUCAAUUACCUUUACAAUCUGGUAGAAGAGUCGCUUUUAGGUUACCUGCUGCUAAACAGAGAGAAGAGGAUGGUGAAGAAGGUUGGAUUUUAGCUUUUGUUAGGAAAUGUAUUCAAAUGGAUAAAAUGAGGUAUGAGGUACAUGAUGCUGAUGAUGUUACUGCAACAUACAACACAACACUUCGAUCCUUGAUCCCACUUCCAGAUCCUACAGCUCCUUUAAACCAUCCAUCCAAUCCAUCUCAAACUGACAUAUUCCCUAUCGGAACCCAAGUACUCGCUCUGUACCCCGAUACCACAGCUUUUUACCGUGCUACAGUCAUAUCACCCGCCGCACCUGGAAAAAGAGGGAAACAUGGAGGUGGUGAGAAUACUGAAUGGUAUAAAUUGAUGUUUGUUGAUGAUGGUGAGAGGGUACAUGAAGUUGAUAGAUGUUCUGUUGUUUUGGUGAGUUGUUACUUUGUUCUCAUCAUCCCAUCAUCCCUUCUUAAAUCUCUUACCUAUCUUCUUAACCCGCAGUUUAUCAAGUUGAGUGGAGUACUAUCCACUGGAUAA